AUGGAGGAGCCAUAUCAGGGCAUCGCACAUAUUCGACUACAGCCUCUCAUUGAUUACAGGAUUAUCGCGGCUCAGGUAUUUGGGAUAAAGCAACAAACCAAUCUGAUACAUAAGGUCUUGAAAAAGAAUGGACUUCUUGAUGGCUCUAAUCAGCCUAGGUUGAGACUCACCAUCCCAAGAGAGCCUGAACUUGAAACAUCACAAAGGGCACAAAGGAUCAAGCCCAAGCAUAGUACAGAGGUUGUAGGACACAUUCUUUCAGUUGUUGCCUCGUUUAAAGCACGUCCUUUGAAUAGAAAAAUUCUUGCAGCUCCUUCAAUGCCACUCAUACAGAAAAGCAUGCCAGCGUUGCCUGAGUUUCAAGAAUUCCACUUGAAGACAUCCCAGAGGGCCAUGCAACCCUCAUUUACUACUUCAUUUUCAUUGCAGCGUUCUAAUAAUUCAGAGAAAGUCUCACAUAACUAUAAAACUAGUUCGGCAAUACAUAUUGGUGCCAAAGACUCUAAAAAUGUACAACAUCAGGCUUUAAUCCCUUCUUAACCUCAAAAGUAAGUUCACUAAGACUUGUUGCCAUUGA